CCGGUAGUCGUGCCAAAAACCAUGAGGCAUUCGCAAGCUCUCUCAUGUCUACUCGUCAUCCUCUUCCUCCUCGUCUCCUCCAAUGCUUCCACUCUAGAUGACACAUGCAAGUCCAUCGGCGCAAGCAAGAAGGACAUCGGCUACGACUAUUGCAUCAAGUUCUUCCAAGCCAACAACGAAAGCGCCACCGCAGACAAGCGCGGCCUCGUCGUCAUUGGCACGAAGAUCACCCGAGCAGAGGCCACGAACAUCCGCAAGCGCAUCGAUGCCCUCAAAGCCUCUGUAAUAACGGACAAGAAGGUGAGCGGGCGCCUCUCCGACUGCCGCGUGAACUACACGGCCGUACAGAGAUGGCUCGAAGUCGCGGCGAAGAGCAUCAAGUCGGGUAAUUUGCAGGAGGUGAAGACGAUACUCACAAACGUGAUAUUGGGCACCGACACCUGCGAGGAAGGGUUCCGCGAGUUGGGCGUUCCGUCGCCGCUGGCCGCCGAGGACGCUGAGUUCAGCAAGGACUGCUCCAUCGCUCUCGCCAUAACGACCAUGCUGUAGCUAAUUAAGCUAGCCGCCGAGGAUGUGUGGAUGUGGCUAACAACUCUAGCUACGAGUCCAUGAUCAUUUGGAUCGACCAAUAAACUCUUGGAACCUGCAAUUUCAGAUC